AUGGUGCGUGAGUUGCAAGCGAGUUUCAAGGAAAUGCUAUUGGAAAACGAUUGGCUGGAAGAGAGCACUCGAAAGAAAGCGCUGAAGAAAGCCGAUGAAAUGCUUAGCUUGAUUGGUUAUCCGGAUUUUAUUCAAAAUCCCGAAGAUCUCGACGAGUACUAUAAACUGCACGAAAAAGCAAUAACAGCUUUCACUUAUGUUAACGUCUUACAUGCCGAUAUGAAAGCAAAAAGUAUGGUCGCAUCUGCACAUCAUUACUUGAACAUUGAGCCGAAUGAUACGUAUGCUCAAAUAGUGACAAAAACAUCACGGUGGGCAAUGGAGCAUUCAUUUCGGAAAUUGGUGGAACCUGUUAAAAGAACAGAAUUUGGCGCAUCUGCAUCUACUGUCAACGCGUUCUAUUCCUCACUGAAAAAUGCCGUUGUUGCACCAGGACCCAGCUUACUUCAUUGGGUUGAUCAGUCGGAGCAGCAGAUGUAG